GUAAAAAAUCUGGUGAAGGAUGGCACCAGCAGGUCCAUUGGAAAUAGGGUCAGCACAUUCGCUACAGGACCAGCACGACACCUUCAAUCCGUUACCAACGCCUCCUUGCGAAAAGAGAGCAACGACUAUAAAACGUCUGUCAUACGUUCUGGGAUUUCUUUACUCAGCCUUUUUGAUAAUAUUAGCAGCAAUAGUACUUGUGACGACAGCACUCAUCAACGAUAGAUGGUCUCCUAUAAUAACCAUCUACAUAACAGUAACCGGUCUGAUAAUACUGUGUAUAUUAAUCGUGGACGUCAAGCUGUUCACCAGAAGAAUACGGAAGCAGGUAGAAGCUUUAAGAAAUAAGGAAGAGCAGCGAGAACUACAUUAUCUAAGACAGUACGAUGCACACUUGCACGAAAAUGGCAGAAACUUGAACAACAGCAAUGAACUAGACGUAUCAAGUGCAUUCAUCCCACCUGCGCCUGCGCAUGAACGGGAGCUGGAGCAGAUUGAACACAGCUACUGCUUUGCGGAGGGCCGACACGCCGGAAGUGUUUACUUGAAAUUGGGUGCUGCCGCUUUCGCGUUGGGCCACUUCGUGCACACCGUGUUGCUGGUGGUGACCGUGCACUGGAGCCUCGCCGUCAGCAACGCCCAGUGCAUCAACGUGUCCGAGUACGCCGCCGGCCUGUUGCAGUGCUUGUACAUUUUCCUGCAGUUAUUCUUCAUCUUUAACUACUCGAAUUUGAUCAUCGUUAAACACACAAAUAUACUACGUGUAGCAUUCUUGCACGUGAUGGCGGGAAAUAUUUGCCUUUGGUUUGCAGCAGUUAGCACGGAAACGAGACUUGCGUACAGAGCCUAUGAAAUCCUUCAAAUAAAAAAAAUGACUAAUAAUACUACAAACACUACAGUACUCCCAGCUACAGCGAAUUUCAACUGGCAAGAGACUUGCAGGCCGACUGCAGCUGCUGCAAAAGUAUUUGAUGAAUAUUCAGCAUAUUUGUACCCGUUUACAGUGGAGUUCAAUAUUUUAGUAGUUGGAAUCUUUUUCAUGGUUUGGAUGAAUAUUGGUAAAUGCCGACAUUCCUCAGAGGAAGUCCAAAAUUUCCAUCACUCAUUAUACGCACAGUCUAACGUCAGUGGGGAUGUAAAUAGUCCUCACGCUUUGGAGAUCCACAUCAGCUGUCGCAGCGCAUUUUGUGGCCUCUUCUCUAGUUUUUUCACGAUCGUCCUACUCAUCGUUGCUAUUAUACUUAGCUUCGUGCUGGGCAACAUAAGACACGAGGACUUUCAAAUCAUCAGCCAAUAUUUUGUUGACAUUGUGAAACUAACACUGCACAUAGUCUUGUUGGUAACCAGUGGAAUAGUUUUCUACAAGACGCAAUCCCUAGACAUCAACAAGCACCCAGUCCCGUGGCUAGACGACGUCUUGUUAUACAUCUGCGUGCCUGCGUUCUUCCUAGAAUCGAUGCUGACCGUCAUCCCCGCUAUCACAACAUUGAACAUAGUAAAAUUCCUAGAUACAAUCAUGAUGUCUUUACAAAUGGUAAUACAAAUCGUUUUCAUAAUUGACGGGUUGCGGCGAUGCAGCAACUCUCGAAAACUGCGACGAAUCAAGCCGGGACGGGAACUUGUGUUAUUCUUACUCGUCACUAAUGUAUCAAUGUGGGUUAUGUAUACCUUCUCAUACCAGUCCCCGGAAAGCAUAGACGUGAGAUAUGAGUAUUAUGGAAAAGAGAUGUGGCUCGCGAUCGGCCACCUUUGCCAACCCAUGAUAAUGUUCUUCCGAUUUCACUCGAGUGUGUGCAUAGCUGAUAUAUGGACUUAUGCAUAUAAACCAGGGAUUGAAGAUCACUGAUUUUAAUACAUGACUGGAUUUAGAUUGUAGUUUUCACUAAAAUUACCACAUCUGAAAGCUCACAAGUUUAAGACGUAAGUGGAGGACCCGCGCGAAACCGCCUUUUCAUCCGCAAAAAAAUCAAACGUAACGCAUAGCUAUGGUUAAUACCAAUUUUUUUUUCUAUAAUGUCAAUAUCCAGAGAGGAAACGGAACCCUUUAUUGAAAAGUGUAAAGUUGACAAUUCAGAUUAGGACAGUGAAUGUGUUGAAAUAUGCAUAAAAAUGUAUUAAACGCCUGAUUGGAUCUAUAAGAGAUCCGUAUCUCUUGUUGCCAUCACACAUUUAAUAUUGCGGAUGAUACUGAUGAAGAUACGAUACUUAAUUGUUCCCACUUGUUUACACCAUUUUUUUAAUAAGUAUCUAAUUUAUCUGCAUACUUUAUUAUUGACAAUGUAAUUUGAAAAAAAAUAUAAAUGUGAUUAAUCCCUUUCUAAUCGGAGUUUGAUAAUUACAUAUACUCUAUCAAAGUUGGUGGCAUUUAGUUAUUGUAGAUAAGAUACCAUCUAA